UCAACAGUUUCCGCUUCGCACGCUGCAGUACACUUUUGACCGAGGACUAGAGCGUUUGGCUGAAAUACUCAGCAGCUAAAGGUGUGCAAAUCGGUUCAACCCGGGAGUGCUUAGUGGGAAGAAUAAGAAGAUUGCCAUUUUCUUGGAAAUAAAAAGCCACUUUCAUCAGUGAGGUCCUUGCUCCAGUGGAGGAAUUCUCGAAAAAUAGUGAAUUGUUACUACGCAUCGGAAAAUUCCAUUCGGUUGACAAAGGAAAAAAGGCCAAGGGAAAUACCAACAGUAGCAAAGAGUGUGUGUGAAUAGUGUGAAAGUCACGUUUCGUUGAGGUGUCAAAUUGCGUUCGCGUUGAGUUCAAACGGCCUUAAAAAGGAUUUGAGAAUCGACUGACCGAUUGGUGGCUGCUUCUGCCUUCUCCGACGGUGCAUCAAUUUUACAUCAGUAAAAGGCUCUUUAGUUAUACCCUCCGCCCGCCCCCAUCUAGUCUUGAGAACAGCAUAGUAAGUGCAGAAAAAAAAAGAAGUAAGGAAACCUAUCAACCCCACUUAUCACUAGGCAAAGCGGCAAAAUGAAGGCAACCGCACUGUGGGCGGCCAUUGGAGCGAUACUAAUCUUCAGUGGCACCGCGAACGCCUGGGGUGGCCUAUUCAACAGAUUCUCGCCGGAAAUGUUGGCAAAUAUGGGAUACGGCAGCCACGGGGGAGCUUACCGGCCGCAGGCAUUCCUGCAGAAUGAAAUCCUAGACGAAGAGCAGCAAAACCAGCGCAUCGAAGAAGACACCUGCUACGGAAGGGCGUGCUACUCCAACGAAAACUGCUGCCCUGGGCUGGUUUGCGUGAACGUUGACGGAGGUGAGCUCGCCCCCUACAUUUCCAAAUUCGUUGGCCAUUGUGUGUUCAUGCUGGGGCGCAAAUACGGCGAAAUGUGCCAGCGGGAUUCCGACUGCGAGUCCGGCCUGGUUUGCGACAUCUCGACGCUGAGCGGCGCCAGUGUUUGCCGACCGCCGAUCGUACUGGCCAAGCAGUACGCCGAGGAUUGCAUUACGUCGAGCGACUGUGAUAUCACGCGAGGACUGUGCUGCCAGGUGCAGAGAAGACAUCGACAAGUACCCCGUAAGGUCUGCUCGUACUUCAAGGACCCGCUGCUUUGCAUUGGAACUGUUGCUGCCGAUCAGGUCAAACAUGAAAUCCAGCACACUGCAGGCGAGAAACGAAUCAUCUAUAACAAGCAUUAAGCGUUGGAGAACGUGAUGGCAGCUUAACUAUCUAAGUAACAUAAAGCACUCAAAAAACCCCGGAUAGACGGAAACGCUUCUGGAAACAGACAAAAUCAGCGACAAAAAGACACACAAAACAAGCAUAAUCAAAAUACCAGAAAUAGUAGCGUUAACUUUUACUUUACUGUACAGAAUCCGUUUCCCGACCGCUUAUAGCAAAGCAUCAAUCCUCCUCACGUUUUUGUUAUGCCUUGCAAGUCGAGGAAGCUGUUGAGUUUCUAGUUACUUGAAAGAAAAAAAAUAGAAUCGAGAAUAAAUUGAAAAACUUUCCACCUGAUUGGUACGAAAGAGUAUGAAAGCCAGUGGGAUGAGUCCUAACCUGUUGAAGCAUGCGUGAAAAGGUGGAGAACGAAGUAUUUACUAAAAUGGCACAGAACUUUAAGAAAGUUUUCCCUCGUUGUGGUAUAAUGUUAGUUAAGAUGGUCUACAAAAAUAAAGAAAUGGUGAAACAACGGAACAAAGGAAAUAAGCACUCACUAUUGCAACAAAAAUGAACUAAUACAUAUCAAUCAAUGUCCUUAUUGUCCUUGCCGAGAUAAAUAUACUUAUAUUGAUAGCAAAUAGUGAAUGAUAGCAUUUCUUUAAACAGAUUAUAUUAGCUGUAAGAGGCCCUUCUUAUAAGCAACGUUCCGGAAGUGUAACGAUCAAUUUUCCAUAAACAACAAAAAUACAUAUCAUGCAUGAGUUCAAUUAUGUGAAAACUCCCUCCAGAGCAGUAAGAAUUUUCAAAUAAAAUAAGAAGUAAUCAAAUAACGAUGUUACCACCAAGCGAACUUUUAGUUCCGUAAUGCUUCCUUAAAACUUAAAUCAAAGAAUUUUCCACCAAAAAGGUGCGACGGAAACAAUAAGCACUGAGCACGCAAAAUAAACUGAAACCGGAAAAAAUUUACCUACCUAGGAUUAAAAAAAUUUCAGAAAAAUUCCAACCGCCGGUUCGUCUUGUCACAUUGAACAUCGAAGUUGCCUACGAUUCGUACAUACAAAGGUUAUCUCAUUGCCAAGUAUCGAAUAGCUCCAAAUAUUGGCUUUCAAAACACCAUCCAUAUGAUUUUUUUUUUCUUAAACGAUUUCAAACCUCAUUGUUCUAUUUUCAUUUUUCGUUAAAAGGUUUUUUUGAAAUUCGUAAUGAAUAUGAGAUGCUUCUCUAUUUAUUUAUUUUGUUUACCUAAACUUUCAUGGAACAUAAAUCAGAAAUAUUAUGGUAUCUUAUUCCAAGAGAAAUAAUAACCAAAUAAUCAAGUACGCAACUCACUGUUGAAAUAUUUCCUAUCCAAUCGUGACAAAACUCAUUGUGUUUGCAUGAACCGGCGGAAUGCAACCUAUCAAACUUUUGACUUGUUGGAAAUUGACUUCUAAUUGUUCUAAUUGUUUCAUACUUCUUCGUAAACCAUGUAAGAUAUUUUCGAAAUACAACUGUGUCUGUACACAUUGUUAAACUGUCAUUUUUAAUCCGAGAAAAACGGCCACAUGCAGUGAAAAAGAAGGUUGAGUACAUCAACAUGUGAAAACUGAAGAGUCACAGAUAUUAUACUGAUAUUAUCGGUUCUUAUGCAAAGAAACAUAUCGUUAUAUAAAAUGAAAAGUAUAAUUAAACUAAAAAAUAAACUUAGAGUAACGGUGAUUACCAUGUAAGUUUAGGACCUAAAUAACUGAACAACAAGAUAUCAUACUGGCUGAGGCAUUUACUUAUCGUAUGUUUAGUAUACACUUAUAUAAAAAAUCAAAAUUAUUAAAAAUUAGAAUAUUCUCAAAUCCGCGAAAUGAAGUGAAAAAAAGGCCCAGAAGAAGUUAUGGUUGAAUAUCACACAACUGCAAAAUCAAAAGCAAAACAUUCCUUCACUUAAAACUAUUCAUUUCACGGCUUACUAAAUCUCUUGACUGAAAUCAAAAUAUGAGCGAAUAGAGAAUAAACCAACAAAAGGCAGGCAACAAUCAACUAAAACUUAAACAAACUGUGACUAAUGUGAAGCAAAACAAGACACAACAACUACACUCAGAGUGUGCAAAGAAUAACAAAUAUUUCCAUUCGACGAACUCGAAAUUGUACGAACACAAAGGUAUCAUCUAACAACAAAAGCCUUUCUUCGAAAGAAGCACUCUGAUGAACAAUUGCACAGAAACUGUCACAAUAACAGCAAAUACAGUCGAGCAACAUUCUGGAAACGUAAUGAAAGUUACAAACGAUCACCAAAACCCAGAGUCCACAAAAAUCUUUCCAGAACGCUGCACGACCAAGACCUGGAACUGCAGGAAGCCUAUUCGCAAAAUGAGGAAACUAAUUGCUUCUUAGGCCUAAGUUCAGACGAAAACGUUGAAACGACAUGUGAGGGCACAUUACUCUUCUUUUUGAAAUGUCGCCCCAAUCAAAUCGAAAACAUAUCAAAUCUCUCGUAAUGGUGCCACAAAUAGUUCUACAUAUUUGUAAAAUUCUGUCCUAUUUAUAAUAGGAAAAGAUCAACAGACAAGGACAAAGAAGUACGAAGAAAACGACGCGCAAAAACUGAAUCAGCGAAUCACUUUUUUAACAUGCAACACAAAAACACAAACACAAAAGCUUCGGCGUAAAAUA